UUCAUAUUGUUGAUAUAAAAUUGAGUUGUAUGUUUCUGUAUUAGAAAAGUUCACCGUUACGAUGUUUCUCUACAUUGUCACCGUGUUGACUGUGAUGGUGGGAUUGGCCCAGGCCGCCAACUGUCAAAAUCUUCCCCCAGGCUUGUCGAAGAUUGUACAGGGAGUGGACAUCAGCAAACUGGACCUGCUGCCUCUAGACAACACGGGGGAUAACGGAAUCUUGAAGCCGAUUUUCGAUUUCACCUGCAGUAAAGGGAAUAAAUGGACCAAUUCAAAAGGCGUGGUCUACGAUCUACCUGAUCAGAUUGUGCACAUUGAUACGUUACCUGGCGGAUCGUUCACCUCACGAAUAGCUUACUACAAAGAUUACAAGGAAUUAAAGAACGAAAUGAGUACCAAUGUCGGACUAGACGCGAUGACAGCUAUGUUUGCUUUCUCUUUGAGCGCUUCCUACAAGAAACUAAAACAUGCAAUCGACAACAGCUCGACGCAAACAUCAGAAGCUUCAGCAUUUUUAUCCGUGUUUCGGGCUGACGUAAACACACCGGACUUUCUUACACUAGACGAACAAUUAAAAUCCUACAUUGAUAAAUCUUUAAAUGGAACAUUCGAAAGUAGCGCCCAGGCCUACGAUAAAAUUAUUGAAUUAUUUGGCACUCAUUACUUUAGCAGUGCUAAUUUCGGUGGGUAUAUUCGAGUUUUACUUGAGACUGAUGAAAAAUAUGCUUUGAAUAAAAGUGAAUCUGAUAUCAAAGCCAACGCUAAAGCGUCUUUGGAUCAGCUAGGAUCUGGAAAGUUUGAUUUUUCAAAAGAAAAAUUAAAAACCGAUGAACAGUUUAAAACUGCGACCCACAAAACUGUGAAGUAUUACGGUGGAGAAACAAACAACACGGAGAACGUAGAUUUUCCAGCAUGGCAGAGUACUAUAGAAAAAAAUCCUUGGUUGUAUUCUGGUAAACUAGUUCCUAUCAGUGAUUUAAUUAAAGACGAAACAAAGAAGUCUUCCAUGAUUAAAGCUGUGAAAAACCAUUUAUUGAAAGGAUUUCUAGACGAACUUGAAACUAGUACGCAUUCGCUUUCCGAAAACUUCGACAACUUCAUUAUAAAAGAUUUAUGGAGCAAGGCGAAGCUACUUCAGAAAAAUAAAAUCCUAUCAGAAGAUGAUGUGAAUGCUUUGGCGAAAACUGUUGAAGAUUACACCAAUAUUCCUACAUGGUUUUCACACGACACUCAGAUUUGCUUUCAAUGGAAAAGUACUGGCAUGUCUUCACAAUGCAAUGAUCUGUCAGAGGGCGUCUUCUGUUCACAAAUAAACAACAUGAGUUCUUGGUACCACGACAGCACAAACUUGUUGUUUGGAGGGUGUAAGUUACAGUGGAAAAUUCAGUCAAAGAAUUUCCCAACCUGGUUUAAAGACGUAAAGCUGUGCUUUCAGUACGAAGCAACUGGUGACAAAGACCAGUGUGUUGGUGCGACAAAGGAAAAAACGGUAUGCGCCAACAUCAACACCUACACACCAGAGUACAUGGACGACACCGACGGCCGCAGUGGUGGAUGUAACAUGAGGUGGAAGCUUGAAGUUCCUCAGACAGCACCUCUGUGGAUGCAGGCUGUGAGGUUGUGCUUCUCAUGGAAAGCAACAGGCGACGCGAAACAGUGCGGUGUGGGGUCACCGACUGACCAGUGUGUGAUCGGCAACAACUGGACAAAAUUUUACCUAGACGAUACGGACAACAGCAGCGGGGGCUGUGACCUGAGCUGGGGUCUAAAAACAUCUGUUUGACUUAGAUGAA